AUGUUUCAAAAAAUACGAUCAGCUGUCAAUGAUUAUAGAUCAUUAACAUUGGUUACAGUAUCCUCAUUUCUAGCAGGAUAUUACGUGAAUAAAUAUGUACCCCAAAAAUUUCGAACGCAGCUCCUGCCUGCUCCUCCACAAACUCCAGAUAUCAAUAAAAUGAAAGAUCAGCCAUCACGUGCAUCACAAAUAAUGCGUUAUGGUUACCCAGGUUUCGACAAUUUGUGCACUUUCGAGGAUUAUGUUUUAUCAUACGACCGGAGGAAUAGAAUUGCUCACUGGGUGGUUGAACACUUAACUCCAGACAGAAUGGGUUAUGAUCCGUCUGUUGACCGAUCCUUGUGUAAUUUUCAUGAAGAUCCUUCAAUUCAUCCAUACUUCAAAUCCACAAAUCUAGAUUAUAAGGGUAGUGGCUUUGAUCGGGGCCAUUUGGCUGCAGCUGGUAACCAUCGACGAUCACAGUUAGCUGUCAACCAAACUUUUUUGCUUAGCAAUAUGGCUCCACAAGUUGGAAAAGGUUUCAAUAGAGAUAAGUGGAAUGAAUUGGAGAAGCAUCUUGCAAAGAAGUAUAAAAACGUUUAUAUUUGCACGGGACCGCUAUACUUACCACAGUUAGAGAAAGAUGGAUCAUUAUACAUUAAAUACAAAGUAAUCGGUCCGAAUAACGUUGCAGUACCUACGCAUUUCUUCAAAGUUGUGCUUGUGGAAGUUGAAGAUGGAAGAUUCGAGCUUGAAGCAUAUGUUUUACCAAACACUGCAAUACCAGAUAGUACGCCUCUUACUGUAUUUAUGGUACCACUAAACACAAUUGAACGUUCUGCAGGAUUUUUAAUAUUUGAAAAUUUACCAAAAAAUGCAUUGAAAAAAAUUAAUGGAAAAUCAACCGCUUUAUCUCGAUAA